AUGAAUAAAGUGCAAAAUUUCCAGCAUUUGGCUCGCCAUUAUGAGGGUAUUUCCCGCAUUGUGAGUGAUUGGGACGACACAAUUACAGCUAAAGACACCAUUGCGGUUAUAUUUGAUGUCCUUGGAAAAAAUCCCGAGUUUGGAUACGACUAUUUCUUUAAACUAUACAUGGACAGCUUUAACAGGUUUCAGAACGAAGUGUUGCCGGGAAAAUCGUAUAGUUUACGCGACUGUCUUGAACGGGAAAUAAUGUAUCAAAAAGCCAUCAAAGACAGCGAAAAAAGCUCCAUCAACGAAGCGGUUCGCCUAGCUGUUUUUCGAGGCAUAGGAAAGUCAACUUUUGAGAACUUGGUCAAUAAAAUACCCAUCAGAGCCGGAUUUGAGAAUUUCUACAACCACCUGUGCAACACUAAUAUGCAUUUCAGUGUUUUGAGCAUCAAUUGGACUGGAUUGAUGAUCGCCAAGUAUUUUGCAUCAUUCAAAAAACAGCCGGAUCAGAUACUAGUCAACGAGUUUGAGUUUGAUUCUAACGGUAUAUGCACAGGAAAUGUCGUGACAGACAUAGACAUUCGCACAGGCUACGAUAAAUUGGUACUCACCAAGGAACUCGUUGGGAAUGAUCGAGCCAUGUACGUGGGCGACUCCUCCACAGACGUCUUGAGCAUGAUUUACUGUGAUAAAGCCAUUAUUAUCAAGGGUGGCUCGGCUAGUAAGGCGCUUUGUCGGCUUGGCUACAAGGUGUACAAUAUCAACGACGAGAUUAGCGAGAGAGAGGCCAAAUUUGUCAAAUAUCUUGAAAUCGACGAUUGGAACGAUCUGCUACAAAUUUUGAAAAACUAAUAUAUCUGAAUUAUGACUUGCUUCUAUUAAUUUGUGGUGCUUUUCAGAAAUUCCAGAUGCUCUUUGAUUUCAGUGCAAAGCUCGUCAUGAUCUAUAUCGCGGUCAGAAAAAAGCUUUGGAUGCAAAUUAAGGUCACAGAUGUAAAAUUUCAUGUUCUCCCAUUGGACCCGUUCAAAAUCAAAGCCCAGUGCUUCCAGAUACUCUGUUCCAUAGAGUCGCUCACGCUUACCUGUUUCGGGGUCGUAGAUGACCUCAUCCACUUUAAGAGACCAUGGAUCGAGCUUUGGGAAGUUGGAGUGCAAGAAAAGCAGUUUGGGAACUUCAUCCACAUGCUCAAAGCUAUUCUCGUAUUUUUUGUACAGUUUGUAAUCCUCGUGACAGUUGAACUGUCCCAUCGCACUUCCUGUAAAUUCAUCAUUGGCCCAUCUUCCAAUACUCUUGAUGAUUUUCUUGACCUGGUAAAAUGACUUUUUCAGCACAUGAGCAGCAGCAAUAAAUGUCUCCUUGUCUCCUUCGCCAUCUGAUCCUUGCGAAAGAAGAGGAUAGUAAUGGUUUGGACCAUACAUGUUGUAGUAGAGUGCAAGAAGCAUGACCUUCGAAUGUGUCUUUUUGGAAAGCAUUAGUUGACCAGACUCGCUCGAAGGAUCCGGGAUGGCUCCUUUGAGUUGAUGCAAAGGAGGAGCCUGGUCUGGCGGAGAAUUGGGAGUUGUAUAUUUUCCAUACUCUUGGAACCCAUGACUGACUCUGUGGCCCUCAUCGAUUUCGAUGUUGACGAUGUCGUAAAAUGCAGGAGAAGUAGACCGUUUCCAAUAAUCGGGCCAGAUGACCAUACCCGUGCUGGUGAAUGGCUCCGUCUCGAACAAGUGGUCUGGCGCAUGCAAAGGUGUAUUAUCUGCGUCUAGCAGCAGGACAUUCUCAAAGCUCGAUAGCAUUAGUGCCAGGGCCUUGUAUUGAUAUCCGAAAAAUGAGAAUCUUUCACUGAUUUGCUCUCCCAGCUGCUUGGGCAUGUAUAUACAUUUGGCAUUCAGAGCUGGGAAGAUCGUGGUACACAAAUCAACUUCGUAUUCAUCCAGUUUCGGGAUCAGAAUUUCAACGGGUAACUUGGACCCGACAGACCUAAGGGUUUUAAUUGAAAGCAAAGCCAGCCAGUUGAACUUUCCUCCUCCAACGUACACCACGCCGUUUCCGGAGUAAAGACCAAUAGGAUACGUCUCCGGGAGAUUUCUAGUGACAAAUGAAUGGCUUUUCUUCAUUGAGUUUAUCUCACUUCGACUUAGCUGCAAGAACCGGGAAAGAUAUUCUUUUGACAACGAUGGGCCAUCGCCCAUCACUUCGUAGCCUGCGUGGUAUAUUCUUUCCGUGGACUUGUACUUCGUAAGAGGCGACACCCUGGGCUUGCCUUUGUCCAACACGUUGAACACAGACUUGAAGAACGUAUGGCCUAGUUCCAACCUGAGGCCCCUUGGGUCAUCAGGAGAUGGCUGGUUGAUGACUCGCAUCUUCUCGCGGUCCUCGACACUAAGGUUGUCAUAGACACUCUCACGAGUUUUCUUUUUUUGGGCCAACAACUCCUUGGCAGUUUUCUUGGAAGUCGGCCUCUGAGCCAAGUCGUUGUUCACAACAAUUGCACUGCUCCCAGCUACCCUUUCAUCAUUCUCCAGAAAAAACGAUCGUACCACAAGGAACAAGAGCAUAAAUGCAGCACAUGCAAGUAUGAGGGAAAUGCGAACUCUUUGUUUUGUUCGAUAUUUGAGGUUCAGCUUGGUUAUCCACAUCGAUUGCUAUUUCAUAUACCAUCCAACUAAUUAACUUGACAGUUAUCUGACACCUUAUUAUACACAGCUCACUCCCAGAAACACAAUUGGAAAAAGUAAGAGCAACUGCUAUUUGGAUGUCUGUCUUUUGUUCCCAAUCGUUUUGGUGCUUGACUCCUGCUGCGUACCUUUUCCGUCUUAAAGUUGAUGUCUCUCUG